AUGGUGCGAACUGCUAAGUAUCGGAAUUCUGUUGCAGCUAGUGUGGAGAUCGAAAUCGGGCCAUUUGGAGUGUCAACUAUCAACGUUAAGGUCGGAAACUCGAGCGUAACGGGAAUCGGUUCAUGUACUGCCCGAGUAAAUGGUCAGUCGUGGGGCCUUUUAUACUAUAACGAUGAGAAAGACCUCAGUCAAAAAUUUAAGCUUUACUGCGAAGUUAGGAAAAACAUGUCUUUGAGAGUCGACUUCAUCAAACUCGACAUGCAAACCAUUGACGAGCGACUGCCACCUUGGAAAGGCACAGACCCCGAAAGUCCGGACUACGAGGUUCCAGAGUUGGUUUUUGAAGGAUCUCGUCCAGGAAGCUCUGACAGUGAGGUCCAGCCAUUUGUCGGGGUGCUGGCUUUCGAAAAGUGA